AUAACAGCCCGUGAUACGGCAGACACUGGCGGCAUUUAAAACAGACAGUAGCUUGUCGAUGUUGAACGGCCGCGGCCUGAGGGAUCUAAUUUCUACGUUUUGGUUCUCAUCCAUCAUUAAAGGGUUUAAAACAGAAGCUAUACAGGGUAUCACACUAGCAUGGGUAUAGCGGAUGAAGCCGACCGGACGCUCUUUGUUGGUAAUUUGGAUCCUCAAGUGACGGAAGAGCUCCUCUUUGAGCUGUUUUUACAGGCUGGGCCCUUGAUAAAGGUAAAAAUACCUAAGGACAAUGAUGGAAGGUCUAAACAGUUUGGAUUUAUUAACUUCAAGCAUGAGGUGUCCGUCCCUUACGGGAUGAACCUAUUGAAUGGAACUCGGCUCUUUGGAAGACCUCUGAAAAUACAAUUUCGUGCAGGAAGCAGCCACAUAAGCCAGGAUGGGAGCAGCCCUGGAAGUUCCCAGAACCCCAGUCCCUGUAACACACCUACUCACCGUGGGGGCAGACAUGACAGAUUGAUGGAUGAGCUGGGCUCCCCCUCCUACUCGCCACCACAGCUUGUGCAGCGUUCCUUUUCAUCCCCGGACAAUCUGCAGAGGCAGGCAGUGAUGAACGCGCGGCAAAUGCAGAUGAAUGGCGGUGUCCAGCAGCACCAGGGACACGGCUGCAGCCCAGGCUACGGGGGCUCGUGGCAGCAGGACAGCCCCAUGUCCAGGGGCCACCGGCACUCCCACCAGCACGAAAAUGCCGGCUAUUACAGCAGGGACCAGCGGCAGCAGGAGUUUUGCUCAGAAAGGCAUCACCGGGGCCAGAGGAGCGACUUCUAUCACCAUGACGAUAGAGACGGUGGGCGGAGCCGGGACUAUCCUGAGAGACGAAGAGACGCACCCAGAGAUGGCCGGUGGAGACGCUACUGAUGCACCUGGAGUUGUUUUCUUUUAACUUUUUUUUUUUUUUUUUAACUUUUUAAUCAAAAAUACUUUUUAUAGACUGAUUAUAAUAAGGGAAAUAUGGCGUAAUGUCUGGAGGUGAGGGGUCACAAAUAGGUGCUGAAUUUGGUAUAAAGCAGGCUGUAUGUAUUUUAUUGUUUUGUAUUUUCCAAAAGAUUAACACUGCAUAAGAAGUGAUUCCUCACAAGUGCCUGCAGGGUGCCGUAGGCAGACCCCCAAAACAUCACUAUGGUGGCCUGAGCUGCAGAGAUAACGGUACAUAUCAGUUAUGGUUAGCUUUUUUUUUUUUUAAAGAAGAAACUUAAAAAAAACUCUGUAAAUAUGUACUUUGUACAAGAAAUGUAAGACAUGUACACCAUGGCCACCUCCUUUGUUUUAAUGAUAUUUUACAUGCAUUCUCUUCUGCCCCCCACCCCACAUAUUUUCAUUGUUUUAUAAGUGGAGUGAAUUGAGAUGUUAGUAAUAGCUUGGACUAGGUGAAUAAUUGGGAGUAUUUGGGGAAAAAAAAGUAUUUGAACACAAGACAUUUCUGUCAUUUCUGUCAGAAAGCUUUGACCACUCAUAUAUGACCAAGACCAAAUCUUGUUUUAUACUUUGUGCUUUUUACAAAACCUAUGGAAAUUUGUCAGCCUGUAUCAAAAAUACCAUGUUCAUGAACAUGCUUUGUGUUAGAAAGCUCAGGUAUUUUAAAUAAAUUCUUAUGUUUA